AUGAUGAGUGAUCGAUGCUCAAAUUCCUAUUGUAUUGGUCCACCACCAUUAUUUUCCCUUCGGCCACCACCCAAACCGCCAACAUUUGAACAAUUUCAAAUUGAAAUAUUCAAUGGUCAAUGUCUUCAUCGACCAUUAAUUGUACAAAAUAUAAAUGGAAAUAGUGUUAACGGUCGAAUUUAUCCUUCAUCACAUCAAACUUUGCCCUCUGAAAAAACGAAUUGGAUCAAUGUAUUUUUAUUAAUAUUAGCCUUGAUUAGCAUUAUAUGUUGUAUAAUUAUUGCUACAUUUAUCUUCAUUUGUCUUCGGAAAUUAAAAAAAGAAGAAAAGCAGUAUAAAAGUUAUGUUAUGGGCUCAUUAAUUUCACGGAAAAGUGCAACAACUAGCAAUGAAGAUCAUACUAUCAAGUGUGCAUCAGGAUGUUAUGAAGAAUAUCAUCAAAUUGUUCAUCCCAUGUGUUCUAGUCAAUCACCACCUCCUUCAACAUCCACAUCAAAUAUCUUUCAUCAAAGUUAUUCUAUACCAUCUAAUACGAUUCAUCGUUGUCGAUCUCGCACAUCCAUUGAUCAUCACCAAUACGAAUGUAUCCCCGAACAUUAUCUAUUUGCUACCAUGAGUCGAAAACCUCCGACUACUAAUAAUAAUAAUGUUUCAUGUGAUUAUAAUAACUGUUGUUCAAAUACUCUCGUAAAGCAUUAUCAUAUUUGUCAUUAUCAACAACAUAAUGCUAAAUCAGCAAAUCAACAUACGGAUAUGACUCGUCCUAUUUCCUGUAUUCCUUAUACAGCGUUUUCUCGCAUUAUUAAACAACCUCAGCAACCAUCAGUCGAUAUUCAUUCAUCACCACCACUGCCUUUAGAAACAAAUGAGCAAUCAACGAGUAAUAGUUGUGCAUCAGAUAAUUUCAGUCGUUGUACAUGUUCAACUCGGACACCACCAAACGACAAUUCACAAAUAUGUUCAACGUGUAAUCCAAAUGAGUCAACAUCAUUACUUCUAGUAGAACAGCCACAACAACAAAAAGACAAACAUUUGACACCAAAUAUAAAUCCAUUUAUUUCAACUCCAACUGAAUCGACAACAGCAGAUAAAAAGAAAAGUAAUUCAUCGUUAAUUGUCGGUGGAAUGAUGAUCGGAUGGACACGGAGACAACGAAAAUCAUCCACUACAGAAAAUCGAAAAAGCUUCUUAUCGACGUUGGGAAAAUCAGCUGUACAAUAA